AGAGCACCUUGCAGGGGGAAAAAAAAGGCUCUUCAAAUCAGAAACUAGCAAGUUUUCCAAAGGAAAAAAAUGGGAACCAAGGGCAAAGUUAUUAAAUGCAAAGCAGUCGUUGCCUGGGAAGCAGGAAAGCCCCUUUCCAUUGAAGAGGUUGAGGUAGCUCCUCCCAAGGCUCAUGAGGUUCGAAUUCAGAUAAUUGCUGCUGGCCUAUGUCGUACUGAUAGCCAUGUGAUUAGUCCCACAUUUGAAGGGGCUUUUCUUCCAGUUAUCCUGGGCCAUGAAGGUGCAGGAAUUGUUGAAAGUGUUGGGCCAGGAGUGACCAACGUCAAACCAGGUGACAAAGUGAUUCCAAUUUAUACACCUUAUUGUGGAAAAUGCAAGUUCUGCCUGAGUCCACUCACAAACUUGUGUGAAAAAUUCUGUAAAGGUAAAAAUCCUUUAAUCGAACAAGAACUAAUGGAAGACAAAACCAGCAGGUUUACCUGCAAAGGAAAAUCAAUUUACCAUUUCUUUGGAGUCAGUGCCUUCUCUCAGUACACUGUAGUAAGAGAUGUUAAUGUUGCCAAAAUAGAUGAUGACGCAAAUUUAGAAAAAGUUUGUCUGUUUGGAUGUGGUUUUUCUACUGGCUAUGGAGCUGCAAUCAACACUGCCAAGGUCACCCCUGGGUCUACCUGUGCUGUCUUUGGCCUAGGAGGUGUAGGUCUUUCUGCUAUAAUAGGUUGUAAAACAGCAGGAGCUUCCAGAAUCAUAGCCAUUGAUAUCAACAGUGACAAAUUUGCAAAAGCCAAAGCCCUGGGAGCCACUGACUGCCUCAAUCCUAAAGAACUGAGUAAGCCUGUCCAGGAUGUCAUUGUUGAAAUGACCAAUGGAGGUGUGGAUUUUGCUAUUGACUGUGCAGGUGGAUCAGAAGUCAUGAAAGCAGCAAUAGAAUGCGUAACAGUAGGCUGGGGAUGCUGUGUUUUCGUUGGAGUCGAUUUAGCUAGCAAAGGAUUGACUAUUUCUCCAAUGGAACUAAUAAUGGGCCGUACUUUAAAAGGAACAAACUUUGGUGGUUGGGAUGCACAAACUGUCCCAAAGCUGGUUUCUGACUACAAGAAUGGUAAAUUCAAUCUGGAUACACUGGUAACCCAUACUCUGCCAUUUGACAAAAUCAAUGAGGCACUGGAUUUACUAAAGCAAGGAAAAAGCAUACGAACGGUCCUGAUCUUUUGAAGAUGCCGAGAGCAAUUUGGAACACCAUAUGACUGAAUAUGAACCCUAAAAUGAUGAACCAAGGAAACCUAUAAGCUUAAAUAAAUGUUUACAGCUAAUAUCUUACCAUAAAAUGUUAUCAUUAAUACAGCACCUGUAAGUGUGAUGUUAAUGGUUUGCAUGAUAAAUGACUAUAGAUAAUGCAGUUCUUAUGAAUGAAUAAUGUUGUAUUUAUAGAUUGCUUAAAAUUAGCUCUGAGAGGUGAUAGCAGGGAAUGAAGAGAUAAUAAAAACAGACUGAACAUAUUCUAUAAUAUUUUAGAUUGGGUGAUACAUAUAUGAAGCUUGAUUAUACUAAUUACCCACUUUUACCUACGUUGAAACUUUCCACAAUAAAGAUACUUACUGGAAAAUAU